CACACCCAGCCCCAGCAGGAUGUUUAAGAAGGUCACCCAGUCCAUAGUGAAUCAGAUGGAUCCAGGAGGAGACCUGGUCCCAGUUUCCAGCAUCUUGGACCAUGAGCACUUCCAACCCCUCUGCUUAGUGAGGAGAAAAAGAAAAGCCAUGUUCCAGCCAGCCCCCUGCUACAAACAGACCUGGUACAGGCUGGAGGAUGUGCUGCUGCCUGCAGGAGGGGACAAAAACCCAGGCUCCCCCUUGCCCAUUGGAGCCACUCAGGCUGCACAGCAGUUCACAGUCCAGAAAACCACCAAGGACAGGGUGGAUGGGAGCCUAAACAUCAGCAUGGACUCCACGAGCAUGGAGAUCAAAGGAGCUGCCUCCUCCUCCAAAGGGUGGACCAUCAAGCUGCAGAAGAACCACAUCCCAGUGCCACAGCUCGACGCAGUGAGAGCAGAAAGGAAGGUCAACAUGGAGCACUCCUUCAUCCAGCAGCUCCAGAGAGCAGACCAGAACCUGUACCUGGUUCAUGAGUCCAUAGAAACCUCAGAGGAAGCCAACUACCAGGAGUCCACCGAGGCAGAGGGCAGCCUCUUGGCUCAGCUCUAUGCCAAGUUUUCUGCCAAGGGUGCCCAGGAGAGCAAACAGAGCAUCACCAUCCCCAAGGGCUGCACCCUGGCUUUCAGGGCCCUCCAGCUGGCCAUCAGCAAUGGCUCCUGGGAGCUGCAGUAUUUCCCAUCAAGAGUGACAUCCAAGUUUGUGUCUGACAGCACAGGAAGGCAUCAGGAUCAGCCUGUACUCAGGAAAGCACUCAUGGCUCCAACAGCAAGAAAAUUUGAUGCACUGAGGAGAGAAGUACAAAGCAGCUAUGGAGUUCUGCACCUGAGGUUGGCUCCUAAUCUGCCUGCCACAUUUUUAAAGGCCAUCAAAGCUGUAAUGAGAGACAGGAACCUCUUUGAAGAGCUGAGCCACACAAUGGAUGCAGUUCUAGAUGGAGCUGAGAGCUGUGAGCUGCAAACAGCAAACCCAGACUUAGAAGAGCUGCUGAGCAUCUUACAGCACUCUCCAGAACGUUCCAGGCUGGCAGAAGCCAUUGCCUACACUCUUGAUGCUUUGGAAGAGCUAACAGAGGAUCAGCUGCUGCUGCUGCUGGAGUCCUUGGACAAAAAGAUGGUGUCUCAGCAGCUUCAGAUGGUUUCAGGCAUCCUGGCACAGGAGGAGAUGUGGCUACCUUUUGACAUGGCCUCCUUCAUGCUCUCCUGCUCACAAGAGGAACAAGCACUGAUCACAGCCAUGCUUGAGAAGAGUGGGAUGACACUGAAAGAAGAUGGAUCUGCUCCCUGGACAGCAAAAGCCUUCCCAGCUCUGGCAGCCCUGUAUGCAUCUCUGUACAUCCUUGACCUGCUGAGUAACCCAGAGCAGCUUAGGGGCUGAUUUAAAGGGAAUCACUGUGACAACGUAGCUGAAAGCCUCUUACUGCUGUCCAGUUUCUCUCUCUCUAACCUUUAUGCCUUCUGGGGUGACACACUCCUGGUUCAUGCUUAGUGCUGCUUUGUAAAGAGUAGGGAAUCAGCUUUAAGGCAAGAAAACUCCUUAUGGAAGGCAGAAGUUGGAUACAAAAAGUGACUUUUCUUUCCUCCCCCAUGAAUGCAGAGUGGCAUUCACUCAUGCAGUAGCCCCAAGAACUUCAAGCCUGUCAGCUGCACUUCGUGUGAGCCUGGAUCCCCUCCAAAGCAUCAGCACACAGCUGCUCAAGGGAUGAAAAAGGCACAAAGAAAUUAAGCAGCAGGAAUGCCCUCAGCCUGCUCACCUCUGCCAUUCACCUGGGGCUCAGGAAUCAGAAUCAAGCAGGUUGGGAGAGAGCUCCAAGCUCACCCAGCACAACCUAGCACCCAGCCCUAAGCCAAUCAACCAGAUCAUGGCACUCAGUGCCCCCAGCCAGGCUUGGCUUCAACACCUCCAGCCAUGGGCACUGCACCACCUCCCUGGGCAGCCCAUUCCAGUGCCAAUCACUCUCUCUGCCAGGAACUUCCUCCUCACAUCCAGCCUGAGCCUGCCCUGCCACAGCUUCAGCCUGGGUCCCCUUGUUCUGGCCCUGGGGGCCUGACAGCAGAGCCCAACCUCACCUGGCUACAGCCUCCCUGCAGGCAGCAAUGAGCUCUGCCCUGAGCCUCCUCUGCUGCAGGCCAAACAACCCAGGAAGGUGCUGAACGUGAGGAAGCUGAGGGGUCUUGGGAGCAUUCGCAGGAGUCAAAGAGCUCCUCCAGCCCACACUAAGACCCCUCAGGGAAAGGCCUGGCACAGGCUCCCGAAUCGGGUGACAAAUGCUUUGACGACUGCUUUACAAAUAAAGAGACUCUUCCCUUACCG